UGUUGGGUCGGAUCUCCACGGACUCUUUUGUAUUGUAUUCCAGACCUCGCUUCCACACUUGUUCCAGCUCCACGGAGGACGUCGGGUCUUCGAGCUGCCCCGCUGGCAGAGCGCCCGAGGUCACUGCUUUGCCCUGCUCGCUUCCCCGCGGGGCGAGCCUGGGGCCUGGCAGUGACUUAGCCAAUCACCGUGAAUUUAGAUGUUUUCACAGACUUUUGUCUCACACGGUGUGGCGAUCUCAGGAGUGGAGUUUAGGGGUCGGGAAAGCGGCACAGAGUUAGGGUGUAUCCCAAGAUGGCUGGGCGUAAACUUGCUCUAAAAACCAUUGAUUGGAUGUCUUUUGUGGAGAUCAUGCCCCAAAACCAGAAGGCAAUUGGAAAUGCCCUGAAGUCCUGGAAUGAGACCUUCCACACCAGGUUGGCUAGUCUGUCGGAGAAACCACCUGCGAUUGACUGGGCUUACUACAGGGCCAAUGUGGCCAAGCCUGGCUUGGUGGAUGAUUUUGAAAAGAAGUAUAAUGCCCUGAAGAUUCCUGUGCCUGAGGAUAAAUACACAGCCCUGGUGGACCAGGAGGAGAAGGAGGAUGUGAAGAACUGUGCUGAGUUUGUGUCUGGAUCCCAGCUCAGGAUCCAGGAGUAUGAGAAGCAGCUGGAGAAAAUGAGGAACAUAAUUCCCUUUGACCAGAUGACCAUUGAUGACUUGAAUGAGGUCUUCCCAGAAACCAAGCUGGACAAGAAGAAGUACCCGUACUGGCCCCACCAGCCCAUUGAGAACCUAUGAAGCAGCCUGGGACGGAGCCCCGGCCGACAUGAAAUAAAACAUUUAAAUAGUGCUGGC